AUGCUGCUGAACCCUGUCACCUCCACCCCCUUCUCGGUCAAUGACAUCCUGAGACUGGAGCGAGAGCAGAUUUGUUCCGAAUCCUUGCAACUCCGGGGGGCACGGAGGAGCCCUGAAAGCUUUCAGUGUCUGCGACUGGUCCCAGAACCGCGAAAGGCAGAGGUUUCCAGCACCUGCAGGGCCGGCGGCGACGACAGCGGCAGAAGGCUGGACGAACCGGGGUCUCCUGGUGGUCCCUGUGAGACGGUCACGGAGAUGGACGCGGAACCGGUGGGGGAGCCACAGCCUGGCCUCAGCGCAGCCCCGCCCCUCCACGGCGGGACCAGGGGGCCAGAGCGCUGCGUUGGCGACGUUGGCAUCGGCGCGCGCGGGGACGGCACCGAGCAGCCCAAGGCGCGGCAGCGACGGAAGCCGCGCGUGCUCUUUUCGCAGGCGCAGGUGCUGGCGCUGGAGCGGCGCUUCAAGCAGCAGCGGUACCUGUCGGCACCCGAGCGCGAGCACCUGGCCAGCGCGCUGCAGCUCACGCCUACGCAGGUCAAGAUCUGGUUCCAGAACCGGCGCUACAAGUGCAAGAGACAGCGCCAGGACAAGUCCCUAGAACUGGCGGGCCACCCCCUAGCGCCGCGCCGGGUGGCGGUGCCCGUGCUGGUGCGGGAUGGCAAGCCCUGCCUGGGCCCCGGCGCGCCGGCCUUUCCUGGCCCCUACAGCGCGACCGCGGCGCCCUAUUCUUGUUACAGCGGCUACUCCGGCGCUCCUUUCGGUGCGGGCUACGGCGGUGGCUACGCGGAUGCGCCCCCGGGUCCCCCGCAGCCCGCACCUCUGGGCCGCGCAGGCUUCGCUGGGGGUGGCCCCAGCGCCAGCCCGCACAGCCAUCUGCCCGCCCCGCUACAGGGUGUCAGGGCCUGGUGA